AUGAAUGUGGUAGCUCCUCUACAUCUUGGCAUUUUAUUACUUAUCAUUUCAACUGUAACUGGCAAAAAGAAGAAAGAAAAUGAUUGGGAUGAAUUGGAAACAUUAUUGGAAAAUAUUGAUGAGCAGAUUACAGAGCCAAUUAAAGAUUCUAAACUUGUUUCAACAACACCAGUAAUACAAAACAAUCCUUGUGAGGAUUAUAUUUGUGGAUGGGGUAAAGAAUGCGUUAUAGACAAAAAAGGUGAACCAUUUUGUGAAUGCAUUUCGAAAUGUCCACUAAUGGAUGAUGAUCCGCUUGAUCAGGUUUGCAGUAAUAUGAACCAAACAUUUUCAUCGUUAUGCGAACUGUAUCGCGAAAGAUGUCUUUGUAAACACAAAUUUAAAGAAUGCAAAAACAAAGUUAAUGCAAAAGUACAUUUGGAAUAUUUGGGUGCUUGCAAGAAGCUUGAACCAUGCACUGACGAAUUGAUGGUACAAUUUCCAACACGAAUGGCUGACUGGCUUUUCCAGGUAAUGCGAGAAAUGAAGAAACGACGAGAAUUGCAUAAUUUGGAAUGGGAAGAAUUAAUCGCUGAAGCAGAAUCUGAUGAUGAGAAAAAGCAUGUGUAUCCGGUAAUAUGGAAGUUCUGUGAUUUGGAUAUCAAACCUCAUGAUAAGCAUGUAUCACAUCAUGAACUAAUUCCCAUCACAGCACCUGUCAUUCCUAUGGAAUCAUGCAUUAAACCAUUUCUCGAGAAUUGUGAUAUCAAUAAUGAUGGUAACAUUUCUAUCAAGGAAUGGGGCAAAUGUCUUGGCCUAAAAGAAGGUGAAAUUCAGGAGCGCUGUUAA